GAGGAGGAGGGACACGGGGGACCAGGAGGAGGAAGAGGAGGGACAGAGGAAGAGGAGGAGCGGGAGGAAGAGCGGCCGCAUCAGCCCCGGAGCGCGCAGGAGCUGAGCAUGGAGAGCAGCGAGGAGCCGGUGGCAGAGGCCGAGCUGGAGGUCCACGAGCAGCUCCAGGGUGAGGAGGAGAAGCCCCACAGGUGCUCCGAGUGUGGGAAGAGCUUCAAGUGGAGAUCAUCCCUGACCCGCCACCACAGGAUCCACACGGGAGAACGUCCCUACGUGUGUGGGGUGUGCGGGAAGAGCUUCAACACCAGGUCCUACCUGAUCGUCCACCAGAAGAUCCACAACGGCGAGAGGUCCUACGAGUGCGGGCUGUGCGGGAAGAGCUUCAGCACCAGCUCCCACCUGAUCGUCCACCAGAGGAACCACACCGGGGAACGACCCUACGAGUGCGACGUGUGCAAGAAGAGGUUCCAGAGCAGCUCCACGCUCCGUGGUCACCAGAGGAUCCACAGCGAGGAGCGGCCGUUCCGCUGUCCCGACUGUGGGAAGGGCUUCAGGGAGAACUCCACGCUCACCACCCACCGCAGGAUCCACACCGGGGAACGUCCCUACGUGUGCGGGCAGUGCGGGAAGAGCUUCAGCACCAGCUCCUACCUGGUGGUCCACCAGAGGAACCACACCGGCGAGAGGCCCUACGAGUGCGGGGUGUGCGGGAAGAGCUUCAGCAGGAGCUCGCAGCUGAUUGUCCACCACAGGAGCCACACCGGAGAACGUCCCUACGAGUGUCCUCAGUGCGGGAAGGGCUUCACCAACAGCUCCAACCUGAUUGUCCACCAGAGGAGCCACGCUGGGGAGAAGCCCUACGAGUGUGAGCAGUGCAGUCGGAGGUUCAAGAGCGUCGGGGAGCUCGUGGUGCACCAGCGCUCACACGCGGAGGAGAAGCCGUUCCACCUUCUGCAGUGUGAGGAGAACUUCAGUGAGAGCUCCAACCUGGUCAUCCACCAGAGGGACCACGUUGAGGAGAGGCCCUACGAGUGUGCCCAGUGCCACCAGAGGUUCUACACCACCACCACGCUCCUCAAGCACCAGCGCAGCCACGCCGAGGAGCGGCCGUUUUGCUGCCCCGACUGCGGGAGGAGCUUCAAGAGCAGCUCAGCCCUGGUGGUCCACCAGCGCAUCCACACCGGGGAGAGGCCCUACGAGUGCCAGCAGUGCUGGAAGAGCUUCCACACCGCGUCCGACCUCCUGCUCCACCAGCGCGUCCACACGGACGAGAGGCCCUUCCGCUGUCCCGACUGUGGGGUGGGAUUCAAGCACAACUCCACGCUGGUCAAGCACAGGAGGACCCACACCGGAGAACGUCCCUACGUGUGCUGGCAGUGCGGGAAGAGCUUCAGCGCCAGCUUCAGCCUGAUUGUCCACCACAGGACCCACACUGGAGAACGGCCCUAUGAGUGUGGGCAGUGUGGGAAGAGCUUCUCGCAGAGCUCGGGGCUGGUGGCCCACCAGAGGUGUCACAC